UCUUCAAUCCUUUUAUGCCUUUCUCCCGCAUAUCUUCAAUCCAAUUUCUGCUCAAUUCUCAGACACGAAGAUUGUGAGAAUCUAGGGUUUCGUCUUUUGUAAUUUGGGGACUUUUUUGUAGUAUUUUUUUUUUGUGAUGGAAGGGGCGAGCAACGGAGGGAUGUUGUACCACGAGGUACAAGAGUCGAAGCUCUGCGCCGUGCAUUGCGUGAACACGGUGCUGCAGGGUCCCUUCUUCUCCGAAUUCGAUUUGGCGGCGCUCGCCUCCGAUCUCGAUCGGAAGGAGCGGCAGAUGAUGCUCGUCGAGGGCGGCUCACACGCUGGCGAUUUCCUCGCCGAGGAGUCUCACAACGUCUCCUUGGAUGGCGAUUUCAGUAUUCAGGUUCUACAAAAGGCUUUAGAGGUUUGGGAUCUGCAGGUCAUCCCCCUUGAUUCUCCGGUUGCUGAGCCCGCCCAGAUAGAUCCUGAGCUUGAAAAUGCAUUUAUCUGUCAUUUGCAGGAUCAUUGGUUUUGUAUCCGGAAAGUGAGUGGAGAGUGGUAUAAUUUCGACAGUCUUUAUGCGGCUCCAUUGCAUCUCUCAAAGUUUUACCUAUCAGCCUAUCUGGACACACUAAAAGGCUCGGGUUGGAGCAUUUUCCUGGUGAGAGGCAGCUUCCCAAAAGAGUGUCCCAUCUCAUCCUCCGAAGCUUCUAAUGGUUAUGGGCAGUGGCUUUCACCUGAAGAUGCUGAGAGGAUAACUAAAUCCUGCAACUCCACAAAUGCUCAACCUGAAAGAACAAAUUUGAAUCCACAAUCUUCAGCACAAUUUCUAUCAAAUGAGGAAGCAGAUUUGCUUUCAGAAAUGGAAGAUGAGGACUUGAAAGCUGCUAUAGCUGCCAGUCUUAUGGAUUCUACCCCAGCCAUUGCCUGUGCUCAAGCCGGAAGCCCACAUUAUAGCAGCAGAAACCCUCAGGACAGCAACGACAACCCUCAGAACAGCACCCAAAACCCUCAAGACAGCACCGACAACUCUCAGAACAGCACCCAAAACCCUCAGGACAGCAACGACAACCCUCAGAACAGCACCCAAAACCCUCAAGACAGCACCGACAACUCUCAGAACAGCACCCAAAACCCUCAAGACAGCACCGACAACUCUCAGAACAUUACCGGAAACCCCCAGAAAAUUACCGGAAACCCUCAGAACAUUACCGGAAACCCUCAGAACAUUACCGGAACCCCUCAGAACGUUACCGGAACCUCUCAGAACAUUACCGGAACCCCUCAGAACAUUACUGGAAAUCCUCAGAACAUUACUGGCAGCCCUCAGAUCAGCACUGGCAAUCCUCGGAUCAGCACUGGCAAUCCUCAGAUCGAAAGUUCAGAGAACCUUGAGAAAAUUGAUUGAGCAAAGGAAAAGUAUAUUCUUUCUUAAAUUUUAUGUUUAUGGUUGAGGGCAAUGAUCUAUGUCAGGUUAGACAGUUGAUUUACAAUCCUUGUUGCAAUGUCAUCGCACUUUGCCGCAUAUACAGCUCUGUUAUACUUUAUACUUUCGUCAACUCAAAAUGUAUAAACUUGAAGAAAUAACCUCCCAGUUUUUCCA